AUGCAGCGCGCACUCACUUCUCGCGCGAGAGCGUCCGUCCUCUCUGCUGCUCCUAGCAAGUUCCGCGCCGGUGCCGGCCUGGGACAGCAGCUUCGUUUUGCCCACAAGGAGCUGAAGUUCGGUGUCGAGGCCCGCGCCUCGCUGUUGACCGGUGCCGAGACUCUCGCCAAGGCUGUUGCGACAACACUUGGUCCCAAGGGCCGCAACGUCCUCAUCGAGUCCAGCUAUGGCUCUCCCAAGAUCACAAAGGACGGUGUCACUGUUGCGAAGGCAAUCACCCUGAAGGACAAGUUCGAGAACCUCGGAGCCAAGCUGCUCCAGGAUGUCGCCUCCAAGACCAACGAGACCGCCGGUGACGGAACUACGAGCGCUACCGUUCUGGCCCGUGCCAUCUUCUCCGAGACCGUCAAGAACGUUGCCGCUGGCUGCAACCCCAUGGACCUGCGUCGCGGUAUCCAGGCUGCCGUCGAUGCCGUCGUCGAGUUCCUCCAGAAGAACAAGAGAGAUAUCACCACCAGCGAGGAGGUUGCUCAGGUUGCCACCAUCUCUGCCAACGGUGACCAGGAGGUCGGUCGCCUGAUCGCCAACGCCAUGGAGAAGGUCGGCAAGGAGGGUGUCAUCACCGUCAAGGAGGGCAAGACUCUGGUUGACGAGCUCGAGGUCACCGAGGGUAUGCGCUUCGACCGCGGCUUCGUCUCCCCCUACUUCAUCACCGACGCCAAGUCCCAGAAGGUUGAGUUCGAGAAGCCCCUGAUCCUCCUCUCCGAGAAGAAGAUCUCGGCCGUCCAGGACAUCAUCCCCGCCCUUGAGGCCUCCACCCAGAUGAGACGCCCUCUGGUCAUCAUCGCCGAGGACAUUGAGGGUGAGGCUCUCGCCGUCUGCAUUCUCAACAAGCUCCGUGGCCAGCUCCAGGUUGCCGCCGUCAAGGCCCCCGGCUUCGGUGACAACCGCAAGUCCAUCCUCGGCGACUUGGCCGUCCUCACCAACGCUACCGUCUUCACCGACGAGCUUGACAUCAAGCUCGAGAAGGCCACCCCCGACAUGCUCGGCUCCACCGGCUCCAUCACCAUCACCAAGGAGGACACCAUCUUCCUGAACGGCGAGGGUUCCAAGGACGCCAUCGCCCAGCGCUGCGAGCAGAUCCGCGGUGUUAUGAGCGACCCCACCACUUCCGACUACGAGAAGGAGAAGCUCCAGGAGCGUCUUGCCAAGCUCUCCGGCGGUGUCGCCGUCAUCAAGGUCGGUGGCUCCUCCGAGGUUGAGGUCGGCGAGAAGAAGGACCGCUUCGUCGAUGCCCUCAACGCUACCCGCGCCGCCGUUGAGGAGGGUAUCCUGCCCGGUGGUGGUACCGCCCUGAUCAAGGCCUCUGCCCUGGCCCUGAAGGACGUCAAGACCGCCAACUUCGACCAGCAGCUCGGUGUCACCAUCGUCAAGAACGCCAUCACCCGCCCCGCUCGCACUAUUGUCGAGAACGCCGGUCUUGAGGGCUCUGUCAUUGUUGGCAAGCUCACCGACGAGUACGCCGGCGAGUUCAACAAGGGCUUCGACUCCUCCAAGGGCGAGUACGUCGACAUGAUCGCCGCUGGUAUCCUUGACCCCUUCAAGGUCGUCCGCACUGGUCUCGUUGACGCCAGCGGUGUCGCUUCCCUGCUCGGUACCACCGAGGUCGCCAUUGUCGAGGCUCCCGAAGACAAGGCCCCUCCCAUGGGUGGCAUGGGCGGUAUGGGCGGUAUGGGAGGCAUGGGUGGUAUGAUGUAA